UCUAGUCGAAACGAAUAAGAUUAUAUCUUGCCGACAAGUCUGCCAGAUGACAGAUAAUAAGGACAGAGGAUGUGUCAAGGUUGAGCUGAAUGUUGAGAAGAUCCCAACAACGACUGUUUGUAAUACAACUGGUUUAUCUAAACUUGAAUAUCUCAGGACGAGGUUGAAUAUGGAAACUGAUUCACUAGAAGUCCAAUUCAAAGCAACCCAGGUCUACCUAGAUAGCUGUUCUGUAUUUACACCAUUCUCUGAGUGGGCUUUGGUAGCUAUGGGUCUCUCAGCAGGAAUAAUUGCAUCGAUUCUACUGGUCGCCUUCUUCACCAAAUCCGGGUUCAAGUUCUCCAAACCUCAGGAUGCAGAGAUGCUCAAACAGAACGAGAAGAAUACAAAUAGUUAUUGGGAGAAAAUAAAUUAAACUUCAGGCUUGAAAUAUCAGAGAAUGUGAUUGAGUUAUCUCUAGUUAUUAUAAAAUUGAUUCUAGAAUAAUAAAUAUAUUUUAUAUAUUUAA